AUGGAUCCCGAUCCACUAGCUGCUGUGCGGUAUUCAUGCGUCUACUGGAUUGACCACUUUCUCGAUUCGCUCCCACAAGAAGACAUUGGAAUGAAAGCUCUUGAAGAUUUCCUUCGGUCGAAGUAUUUAUAUUGGUUAGAGGCACUUGCUCUCCUGCGCAACAUUCCGAAGGGAGCCGUCGAUCUACAGGAGCUAGAGAGGCAGGUUAGGAAGACACAACUAGCAACCCCUAUCAAAGACCUCGUCAGAGAUGCCUGUCGAUUUGUCCAGGAGUUUGCGGACGCCAUACAUGACGCGCCUCUGCAAACUUACGUUUCGGCCCUACUCUUCAGUCCGGAUAAUAGCUUGAUUCGUCAGCUUUUCAAGAAAGACAUGCCAAAGUGGGUUAUAAUCGGACCACAACUGGAAGCAAAUUGGCGUCCGCGGAUGCUGGAAGGACAUGAACGGGCGGUCUCAUCAAUUGCCAUUUCAUGCAGAGGCGACCGAAUAGCGUCUACAUCAUGGGACCAAUCAAUCAAAAUCUGGGACACUGGCUCAGGGAUAUUGAUGCGCACAAUUGACGAUUUUGACUCGCACAAAGGAGCUGUAUUUUCGCCUUUAGAUAAUGACAAGCUCGCAGCUUAUCAUGACGGCGGCAUAACAAUAUGGGACGUUUCAAAAGGGAAUCGCAAAAAGCUCCCAGCACAAGACCAAGAAAAUCGGAUUACUUCAAUAUCACUCUCUCCUAGAAGACAAAAUGUCCUUGCAUCGCUUUCGUCUCGUUUUAUUGAGCUCUGGAACACUGAUACAUGCGAACUUAUUUGGAGGCGGCCAAGUUCUGCACAUCACCUCGCCUUUUCAAUGAAUGACGAUUUAUUAGCAUGUUAUACCAGUGACUCUGUCGAGACUUUAGAUGUGCUGACUGGGACAUUCAUCCACUAUAGAGAUUUGAAGCAUAUAGAUGGCACUUGCUUUUCGUCCAAGGGCCGUCUCUUGGUUAUUCUCCAAAAUCGUGAGCGUAUCCUCUUUUGGGACUCAAUGAUGGACAGGAUGAUAAUGAAACUUGAGCAUGAUAAGCAACAUGAUGCGAUUUAUAUUAGAAGUCUUUGCUUCUCAGCUGACAACAGUCUACUCGCGGCAAGUUUUCGUGAGUCGAGCACCUGGAUUUGGGAGACUGCUUCAGGGAACUUAAUACAGAAGAUUGCUAUCUCUUGUGUUUCAAUGGCUUUCUCGGCAGACAAACAACAGUUAUUCGCCUGCUCGGGCUCAGAUCAAAUCUUUGUGUUGAGCGUUACCGAGGAAGACUGCAUACUUCCUACAAACCUUAAAGAGACCAAUACAUACGGGCGUGUGAAUUUCUCUCCUGAUGCCACAAAACUACUCAUUAGAAACUAUUUAAAUGACAUUAUGCUGUGGGAUUCUAUUUCCCAGACAUCUACAGCUAUACCGUCGAGAUAUUACUCUAUUCUUUCUCCGGACUCUACACGGCUGGCUUGCGCUCGGGAAUCGAGCCUACAGAUAUGGAGCAUAGAUUCAUGUCCUCCAAAAUUGCUUUUUCAGAACCAUUUUCCCAGAUUCUUUGCUGAGAGCAUGUCAGUUUUGUCUCAAGAUUGGAAGCAAAUGGCUAUCGCGUCCAGUAAUGGCACAAUCAAUAUAUGGGACACCUCUUCAGGAAAGCGACUGUGGAAGCUAAAAGAAGCUGCUGCUUUUGAUGUGGUGCUAAUUUUCUCAUCGGAUGGCAAACGUUUGGCAGUUAUUCACUUUGAGCCUUGGGAACUUGGUAUAUGGGAUCUUACGUCUGGCACGCGCACAGCAACCACAAUUCAGCAAGUUACGUCGCCAGAAUCCUUUCAUUCUUUUGCAGCGCGGGAUAACUGGAUUUAUCACCUAGAGAGCUUACCUAGCUCUAAGAAAACUCUUAUGGGCAUCUUCGACUCGGCUUGGGUCGUUCGAAAUCUAGGUCUUCCGGCGAACACAAGCAAUUACGGCUUUGCGAGAGGGGACACUUGGAUGACUAAUAGCAAGAAAAGAGUUCUAUGGCUUCCGCCAAGGUACAGACCAGUCAGUCGGAGGAACUGGGACGCUAAUGAUAGAUUUAUUGGCAUUCAUACUCUUCAAAUUUUAGUUUUUGAAUUUUGCUGCAACAUGUGUUCGGCCAAACUUAGCAAUGGCUCAAAAGAAGCAACGUUGUGCAAGCAAAACUUUACUGGCCGAUAUAAAAAAGAAUCAAAAAAAAUGUCUGCUGGCAAAUUUAAAGCUAUACUAGGGCUAUUCAAGGGCAGUGAUAAAAGACUGAUAGAGCGGCCAGAGAGCUACUGA